AUGGGUGUGGACGUCAGCAGCAGGAGUGAGACAGCAGCAGACACAGUGGACCUCCGCAGCAGCAGCAUGUAUCUCCUGCUCCUCCUCACUGGCUUUGUCCUCCUUCACCAAGGCUCCACGCUGGUGUGUAACAACUGUAAGACCCGGGAAGACACUUGUGACAGUGACCAAAUCCAGUGUCCUGCCAAGUCCACUCACUGUGGGACGUAUGAAGUGAAAGCCGACAGUGAGACGUUCUCAACAUAUGCGUUCAUGAUAGGAGGGUGCUUUAAGGCCGAGGACUGUCAGACUGUCAUGUUCGACUUUGAUUUUGGCCAGAUCACAUACAUCAUCAGCUGCUGCAACACGGACAAGUGCAACACCGGGCUCCCCACACUGCCACAUCACAGACAAAACCCCAAUGGGAAGAAAUGUUACAGCUGCGGCGAAACGUGCGAGGAGUCUCUGGAUUGUUACGGCGAGCAAACCUACUGCGCCACUAUGACAGAUAACGGAAAAAUGAGGAAAGGAUGUGCCACCAAGAGCAUCUGUAAGAACCCUCCUCUGUUCAUUCAGGAGAACAUCAAGAACAUCACCUGCUGCGACACGGACUUCUGCAACAGCAGCGACGGCAUCAGAACCAGUCUCCUGCUGGUCACCGCAAUGUCCACGUUACUAUUUUACUUCACUUAA